GGUGAAAAGCCUGGUAGUGCUGGUGCCACACUUCUGUUCGUGGGCCUGAACACAGCCCUUCUUAGACAUCUGGAAAAGAUCCGCAACCCAGGAGCUGCUCCUCCGAGUGACACUAUUUGGUAGAUUGAAACUGGAAUUUCAAGGGAGAACUUUGAUUUCUGCCCUGGGAGAUCUGUAUUUGACAUUCCUGCUGUUGCACAGGGAACCUGUGGUGGAACAGGGACCAGACCCAGAGAUGCCAUCCUCCAGAUGAGCACCACCUUGCUCUCCCCUUCUUCCUUGUUAAGCCUUUUGGGAGGUGUGAAAAUCAAAACAGCCCCACAUAAACAGCCCCAUACACAGUGGAUAAACCAAGCAAGCAACAAACCUAAUCCUCAGCUGUAGUGAUCUUGGAGGUGUUUUAGUUCCUUGGUAGGAAUUUCACAGGUGUGUAGCCAGGCUCCUAUGGGCGAGUCUGGGACAGGAAAUUCCAGGCGUGAAUCCCCCUAUUCUUCCAGUAAUCCACAGGUGCCCGCAGCCCCCCGGCCCCCUCACCUGGCCGGCAGGGAGACGCGCUUUGCUUCCAUUAACUUCACUACAUCACAGGAUGACAGUAAAUCAACCAAGCCUGGUGUCAUUCAGCCUCUCUCCCGCGUGCGACCAAGCGCUGCGCCACACAAAGCCGAGGAGGGGGACAGCCCCAACCCCUUCCAGCAGCCUGAGCCAUGCUUCAGGAUCCACAGCUCUCAAAAACCAUCGCCACUGUCGCCACCCUCCCCUGACGAGGUCCCCAUCAAUGUCAAGCAGGCCUACAAGACCUUCGCAGCAGUGCCCCUGUCCCACCCACUGCUGGGGACACAGGAGCUGUCUGGUCAGAGCAGCACAGAAAACACCAAAAUGGCCUUGGAGGUGGCCGGGCACAGCCCUGGGGGACAGCACAGCCCUGAGCAAAGGUCCUUCCGUGAGAGGCAGAAGUAUUUUGAGAUUGAGGUGAAGCAGCAGCACCUGGACAAGCCUCCCAAGCGUGUGUCCUUGGUGGGGGAGGAUGACCUGAAGAAAAUGAAAGAGGAGGAAGCCCGCAAGCUGCAGCAGCAGCGAGCCCUUCUGCUGGAGGAGGAAGCUGAGGAGGAUGAGGAGGUGAGGCAGGUGCCUGAGGCUGUGCAGUCCAGCGUCAUCAUCGAGGGUGUCGAGUACAAGGUGGAGAGGCUGAAUGGAAGGAACAUCCAGGCUUCAGCAGCUCGGCCCUUGGAGCUCAGUGAGAACAGCAGCUCACAGAGGAAUUCCUUGGAAGAGGGGAUCAAGUCUGAGCAGAGAACCAACUCCAUGUCGGGGCUGAGCCCGUCGCCGCUGGGCGCGGCGGAUCCCGCGGCUCCCGUGCGCACAGCCAAGGCCGAGCGGCGGCACCAGGAGCGGCUGCGGAUGCAGAGCCCGGAGCUGCUGAGCGGCCAGGAGAAGGAGCUGUCUCCAGCAGAACGCCGCGCUCUGGAGGCAGAGAAACGGGCCAUGUGGAGGGCAGCACGAUCCUCAGCUCUUGAAGACAGUAUUAAACAGUACGAGCAGGAUCUGGCCAGGAAGCUGUACCAGUCCCGGCAGUGGGCACCUGCUCCCGGGGCCAGGUCUAGCCCAGUGCAGAGUCACGCCUCAAGAAUCCCUGGGUCAGGAGGCCAAUCCAGGAUGAAAUCACUGGAACAGGAUGCUCUUAAAGCCCAAAUGGUUAUUGCCAAGUCCAAGGAGGGGAAGAAACGCAGCACACUGGAGCAGCUGGCAGAGUCACCAUCACCCGCUCCAACACCGUCUCCAACGCCGCUGGAAGAUUGCAGCCCCAGGAACGUCACUUCCCCGGGAAGGCUGUCAAUGUCUGAAAAGAAGUUUGACUACCGGGAAUUUGCUGCCAUUCCUUCCUCCAAACCCGUUUACGAAAUCCAGUCGCCUGAUGCAGCUGAUGACCUCAGAUACGUCGAUGACCGGAAUAACUCAGUUCUCCGGGAGCAGGAUGGGCAGCCAGAGGAAGAGGACACAUUGGGAACACGGGAUCCAUCAGCACCAGCUCCCUCAGCCCUGGAGGACAUGGCCCUGUACAGCAACAAGCGGAAGCUCCGGCACAGCCGGCGCAGUUUGGAGACCGCUGUCCCCACAUAGGUGACCCGACACAUCUGGGCAAUGGACUGGCCUGGCACAGCCCUUCUGAGCUUCCUGUGCUCCAGGGACAGCACCAGGCUGCCACCUUGCCUACAGACUCUGGAUGGAACCUGGGCUUCCCGGGAGCUCUGUGGCCAACUGACUCCUCUGAGGCUGUGAAUCGCCCUCGUUUCUCAUCCAACAGUCUACUGGGGCACAUCCCAAAAUUGGGACAACACUGGACUGACUGCUGGCAGAUGGAGAGGAAGGGUGGCCAGGACAGUGGGCAGCUUGUUAGCCUGUAAAUAUUGUGUGUGGGGAAGGGUAGGACAGGGAGAAUGUAGGAGUGUGAAAGUGUGUUGGGCUCCAGCAGUUACUGCCUCAACUUGGGUUUUGUAGUGGUUAAAAGGAGCUUCUCCUCUGGUGGGAAUCAGGAGAAAGGUCCAACCUGCCUUUACUCCUAUUUGGUUUCCAGUCUUUUGCCAAAAAGCAUCUCCUCCCACCUCCUGCACUGUGUCACCUCACUUCCCUUUGGGAGUGUUUGGGAAUGGGAAGCUUGGAGGCAAAAAUAAGGAAAAAAAAGAAAAAAUCCCACCAGAAUUCCAGCAAAGUGCCUCCCUCUGCCACUGACACUCUGUGCUUAAGGAAAACAGAGCCAGCUCUCCACCACCUGCCUCUGUCUUGGUGGGACAGUGCUCCUGCCGGGGCUUUGCACUGUCCUGGGGACAGGUCCCUCCCUGGUCGGUCACACCCCUUUGUCACACACGGUGUGAGCCACUCCAUGAGCGCACAAGUGGAGGAGUCUGUCUCCUGUAGCACUGGGGCUGAACUGGCCAACUGGGGCAGGAAUGGGAUGGAGCCAGCAGCCUUAGCAGGGGUGUAGGGGGUAUGUGACAGCAAUGGGGAGCAGGACAAUUGGGGUAGGAGACGGUGGCAGAGGUGGGAGGUGUGACAGCAGGUACCUUAGGGAGUAGAGUUCAGGAACUGGGGAUGGGUAGAACGUGGCAUUGCUCGGGUCAGGUUGGGAGUUACAGGAUCUUUGACUUGGGAGACACUGGUGGGGAGUCCACGGUGUCCACGCUGGCUGGAGGGUGGAGUGGGAUGUCAGGGGUGCUGGUGUGGGCUGGCAGGGAGCACCAGGAGCACCACAGAGCAGGAUGGGGCUGGCCUGUGCCUUGCAAUAACUACACAGUUCCACUUUGCCAGCUCAUUGGCUUCAGGCCCCUUUCCAUGGAAGACAGGGAAAAUGCACGUUUGGCCACGCAAGAGGGAAAAAAGAAAAUGAGAAAUGAGUGGGGGUGUGAGUCCUGGUUUCCACAUGUGGAACAAGGGCUGUGAGCAGAUUCUGUAUCACGUGAGCUCUGCAGAUGUGGAGGUCACAGCUGCUGCUCCUGACUCUGCCAUCAGCUUCUGCUGCCACUAGUGAGGGGAAACAACCCUUUUCUUUUUGGUUUUUUUUCACUGCCUCUAACCGUGAGGAAGGUUCAAGCUCAGCACAAUCCCAUUCCUUGUCUGUUGGUGCUCUCUGACUCCCCAGUAAGACCAGGGUUGGACCUUGAGCCUCACAGUGGCUGGGCAGUGACAGGCAUUUGUGCAUUUGCUGAAGGAAAGAGCUGGAUGCAGUUUUUUGGGUGCAGUUUUUUAGUUGAGCAUCUCUUUUCAUGCCAAAAUCCAGCAGAUCAUUUUAACUGACUCUGUAUGUUUUGAUUUUACAAACUUGUGAAGGAGGAACUGAUAAUCUCACACUGCAGCUGCAGCUGCUUCCAUCAUCAGCAAUUUGAGCUUUUCCUUUUUAAAUCUAAUUUUAGCAUUUGCUUUUUAACAACAGCAGUUUUGGAAACAAUCCUGGCUGGGUUUUGGUGACUAACUUGUGAUUCUUCUCUUCUUUUCCUGUGCGGUACCUGGUGCCAGGCUCUGGAUUCUCUCCCGUUCUCUCCCAAGAGACUCAGAGGGAAAAUUAGCGCAGCAAGACUGUAACUAGUGAAAUUUGUACAACCAAAGAAAUCUAUUUUGUGGUUCAAGGAUAAUAAAGUUUACUUUACAUUUUA